CUUUGCUGUGUGGGGCAGCACUGUCAUGGUGUAAACUAGACCCAAUUUCUUUAUUAUUCCUUCAGUUUCUUGUAGUAAACCUCGUGUUAUACCACACCUGCUAGCAGGGGCGGACUGACAACUCAUGGGGCCCCCGGGCAAUAGGGGAUCAUGGGGCCCCUGUGUCAUUGCCCAAACUCAAAAAAAGCCUAUGAAAAAGGUACCAGGGGCAUCUCAUGGGGCCCCCUACUGACCCCGGGCAGUGCCAGAGUUUCCAAAUGGUCAGUCCGCCCCUGCCUGCUA